AUGGCUCUGUUUGGUUUCUCUUUCCCACUUGUAUUUCUCCUCCUCUCUUGCUUUACCACUCUGCUGCUCUGCAAUGCCAAUGCCUUUCCUGGGCACUACCACAACCCAAUCCAACGCCAUCGCCAUCCUCGAUUUGCCAGUCACAACUACAGAGAUGCUCUCACUAAGUCCAUCCUCUUCUUUGAAGGCCAGAGGUCAGGGAAGCUCCCUUCUAACCAGAGGAUUUCUUGGAGGAGAGAUUCUGGUCUUUCAGAUGGCUCAGCCCUGCAUGUUGAUUUGGUUGGAGGGUACUAUGAUGCAGGGGACAAUGUGAAGUUUGGGUUUCCCAUGGCUUUUACCACCACCAUGCUUUCAUGGAGUGUUAUUGAGUUUGGUGGGUUGAUGAAGGGUGAGUUGCAGAAUGCCAAGGAAGCCAUUCGUUGGGCUACUGAUUACCUCCUCAAAGCAACUGCCCACCCAGGCACCAUCAGGUAUGUUGGUGAUGCUAACAAGGACCAUGCUUGUUGGGAGAGACCAGAAGACAUGGAUACCCCAAGAAGUGUUUUCAAGAUUGACCAAAACACCCCUGGUUCUGAAGUAGCAGCUGAAACUGCUGCUGCUCUUGCAGCUGCAUCAUUGGUCUUCAGAAGAAGUGACCGUACUUACUCCAAACUUUUGGCCAGGAGGGCUAUCAGCGUGUUUGAGUUUGCUGAUAAGCACAGAGGAGCCUACAGCACUGGAUUGAGGAAAUAUGUGUGCCCCUUCUAUUGUGAUUACUCUGGUUAUCAGGAUGAGCUAUUGUGGGCUGCUGCUUGGCUGCAAAAGGCCACCAAAAAUCCAACCUAUCUCAACUACAUUCAAGCUAAUGGCCAGAUCCUUGGGGCCGCCGAGUUUGAUAACACAUUUGGAUGGGAUAAUAAGCAUGUUGGAGCAAGAAUUCUUCUUUCCAAGGCAUUCCUCAUCCAAAAGGUCAGAUCCCUCCAUGACUACAAAGGUCAUGCAGAUAGUUUUAUCUGUUCAAUCAUACCAGGAGCCUCUUACUCUUCAGCCCAAUACACCCCAGGUGGUCUUCUUUUCAAAAUGAAUGAUAGCAACAUGCAAUAUGUGACCUCCACCUCAUUUCUGCUCUUAAGCUACGCCAAAUACUUAACCACUGCCCGCCAGGUGGUCAAUUGUGGUGGAACCGCCAUCACCCCUAAGAGGCUCCGAGCUAUUGCCAAAAGACAGGUGGAUUACCUACUAGGAGACAAUCCCUUGAAGAUGUCCUACAUGGUGGGGUAUGGCCCAAGGUACCCACAAAGGAUACACCACAGGGGCUCAUCCCUGCCGUCCAUUGCCGCACACCCAGCCAAGAUCCAGUGCUCUUCUGGGUUCAGUGUGAUGAGGUCCCAGUCCCCAAACCCCAACAUCCUGGUGGGUGCAGUGAUUGGUGGGCCGGACCAGCAUGACAGGUUUCCAGAUCAACGGUCAGAUUAUGAGCAGUCAGAGCCAGCCACAUACAUUAACGCACCCCUAGUAGGGACACUAGCUUAUCUUGCUCACUCAUUUGGGCAGAUGUAG